CUCAUUGCUGUGACAACAAGUCGUCUUCAAGUGAGCUGGAACAAUUCAUCGUCCACCGUUAACGGGUCUCAGGUUUUGAAAUUUUUCUCUAGCAAGAACCUGCAUUUGGUCAUAGUGGAAGACGAUGGCUUCAUUUGCAUAUCCUACGCUCGCAGUUGUUUCGCUCUUCCUGUUUUUGGCUGUUUUUGCUCACGAAAAUUCAACAUCUUCACCAGGAGGUAAAAAUGUUACAAUAGACCAGCCAAUGACAAACCUUAAUUUAACAAACACAACGAAUAGAUGCGAAAGCCACAAGCCCAAACUUCGAAUUAAGGAAUCGGACGUUAAGAAUAUUAUUAAUACCAUGCAUAAAUAUACUACCAAUGGGGUAGAGAUAGAAUUGACAAUCGAUUCAAAGAACGAAACGCAAUCCUCUCCUAAGUAUAAAUGGUCUUGGGCAGGCGAAAUUGGUCGAACAAUUAUUUCAUUGAUAACAUAUGUAGCAGGCAAUACGUUUUUCGGUAUUACGCUAACACCAGGGAUCGCAAAGGUGAAUGUUGUUGUCUCUGAGUUAACUCACGGAUGUCUGCCAACCGGAAACAAAGGAACUGAACUUGUUUUCGACUUUCUUCUACACCAGCUUUCUCAUUCAGAAGAUACUCACGAUUAUAAGUUAUGUCACCCUCACACUGACGAGGACGGCUUGAUAUUAUAUAACUGUUGCAGAAUAACCACUGGUAACCUGACAAUUUGUGCUGACCAUGCGGCUACAAAUCUGAUCGCUAGAGCCCGCGCAUACGUAACAUUAGUCCCAUUUUUCUUGAGUUUUAUUUUAUUCCCUUUAAUUAUACAAUAUUUGCGAUCAUCGUCGAAGAGAAAAGAAUUGGAGAAAGAAGCGGAGAAAGAAGCGGAGAAAGAAGCGGAUUACGAAAUUAUUGACAGUCCAUUAGCCAUUUCAACAAUUUUUUAUAUGCUUUUUAUCGAGGAGAAAAGCUUUCCCAUACCUAUUGUUAGAAGGCUUUUCGUAUGGCUUUUACCUGGAUUACUGUUGUUUAUAAUUUUACCUCUCGUUCCAGCUAUCCUUGUAUCCGUAGCAUUUUUUUGUGUCAUGGUGCCAUUUGAUAUUUUCUCACUAAACGACCCGGAACACUAUUUUUAUUAUCAAAGCUCUAAUGAUUAUAUAUUUACAAUCACUUCUCUUUUUAAUAUUAAACUCUGGGGGAAGCUUUAUAGUUCAUUAGUGUAUUCUCAUCAUACAACAAGAAGAGAGAAGAUUUUGUGGGCUGUUCUUUCCAUUAUUCUCUUUCCUAUCGUCUACAUUAUUGUUUUUGUUACCGUUAUGUUAACUGUAGUGUAUGUAUUUGCAAUGACAUUACACCCUAGUACUCAUGUCCAACAUCACUCUCUGUUGUGGCGUUAUGGGAAGUUUGUGUUAUCCUUAUCUGCAGCAUUUUGGUGUAUCUUUUCCACUUCCAUUUUCAUGAAUCUUAUUUUCCUGAUGAUUGCUGGUAUUUAUCUUAAUGCACAACUUUACAUUCCAUACCUCAUACCCAUUAUAGCUGUUGUAAUCUACUCGCUAAAGCAAUGGAGAUUGUCAGUCGAAACAAAGUAUUUAGUUCUUAAAAUAAACAUUCACAAAGUAUGCAAGGAAUUGUGGGAAGAGAACAAACCAGAAGGAAAAACCGAACUACACGAACUACAUGCAAUGUUUCUUGUUGAUAUUACUAAUGGAAAAGUUCCCAAACCUCUCUACAACAUGACAAGAGAAGCGAUUUUGCCAUUUGACAGAGUCUUCUUCUAUUUCUUUGCCAAAAUAUUUUUGGUUGCAAAUUUCUUUUAUCUUUUAAUUUUCAUGAUUUCCUCAGCCCAAGAAUCUAACAUCUCCGUAACGGUUCACAUCAUCAGCACAAUUACAUUGAGCACGUUGCCGUUUAUAUUCGAUACUUUAUGGAGAAAAGAUACCUCUGAACAAAAUCAACUGGAUAACAUGAAACAAAAAAUACAAAUAAGGUCCUUGAUGACACUGGUGGAAAGAGAAAAAACCGUAGCAAUAGUAAGCUUGAACGUAGUUAAAAAGGACACAUCUAUCAUUAAUUUCGGUACUUUUUUUCGCGCUUUCAACCCAAUUUUGAGCAAGCAUUCUUCAAGAAAUGUUGCAAGGAGAGGCGAUAGCUUUGAAAUGCAAAGUUCGCAGCUUGUGGAGCCAAAUUGAACAACAUCUUUUCUUCUUUUCAAGUUUAUGUAAAUUGAACGACCAAAUCAAGUUAAUUAAGUCCAUUUCGCCAAAAAUUAUACAUGCUUUAAAAUGAUCCGUCGCUAUUUCACCUGCUGACCUCGUUUUGAUGCAGCUUGGAACACAUUGAAGUACUAUGCCAAUUUUUGAAAUUUUUGAAAUGUAAUCACGAAGCCAGCGGCGAGGUCUUGGACUAGUUAGUGAGCAUCGUAUCCGGUUUUGAACACUUUCGACACCUAAUUUAAGAUUUACGACGCCAAUUGUGACAGCGAA